AUGGUCUGUCUGCUGGUGCUGCUGGUCGCGCUCGCCGCGUCGGCGUCCGGGUUCGAUCCGGUGGCCCUGCCGCCCGCCGACGACUACGUGCCCGAGGCGUGCGUGCACCCCAUCCAGGACUUCGACAACCACGACAACUGGGGCGCCUCCGCCUCCAUCGGCUUCGACCUGUGGAAGAAGAUCGUGGGGCAGGCCUCGGCCUACGUCAACAUGUCCACGGAGCACGUCACGUCCUCGGCCGUGUCCUACACGUGCACCGCCAAAGGUAAGGCGCCGCAUGCCAUGGAUGCUGCCCAAGAAGCCGCCGGCCCCGAAGAAAAAUUCAUGUGGGUUUGUCAAGAGGGCUGUACGAAACUCUUCAAAGAGGAAAGAAGGACCACGAGAGGAACACACGCCAUAAAAUGGCGUGGGAGCCGGUCGCGGCGGGGGUUUACCAGCAGCAUAUGCAGAGGUACGGCGGGCGGGGGCGGGCCAAGGACAGGCAACCGCUGGCUGACCUUUACAGCAGCCCCAGCAGCAGGAAGAAGUGGCCCAGCUGCGGGGCGAGGUCCACAGCCUGCAGGCAAGGGUGAAAGAGCUGGAGGCGCGGCUUCAGGAGCCCCCGCAGCAGCCACAGCUGCCCCAGGAGCCCCCGCAGCAGCCACAGCUGCCCCAGGAGCCCCCGCAGCAGCCACAGCUGCCCCAGGAGCCCCCGCAGCAGCCCCAGGAGGACCUGAGGCCCGAGGUGCUCCGCCUUCGCAAGAGGGUGGCGCACCUCGAGGCUCUGUUGCUGCAGGCGCCGCCGAAAGUGAAAACCAGACGGUGUACCUGGCGGCCCGCGUGCAGUACUACGAGGUGUUCGGCUACGCGGCCGAGAUGGUGCGCGGCGAGGUGGAGUCCGUGGUGCACGGCAACGUGACCGUCCCCACGGCCGUCUGGGGCUGGAAGGUGCCGUGCCGUCUCAUGCUGCGUAGCCCCAAGGUGAGCGCGGACGGAAGCAUCGCCGGGGCGCGGCGCUGCGUCGUCACCAACGGCACCGCGCCCGUCCUCCAGGAGGAGCAAGACCAGGAUAGCAACGACGUGCCCCUCGUCCAACUCGCCUGAGGACUCCGAACACCGGAAACUCCAUGUGUACGUACUUCCGACAUUCGCCUGAAGACUGAGUGUACUCCCGACACUCGCGCCUGAGGACUCCGAGCGCACUCACGAAACUCGACGAUCAACAUUCAUCUCUCAGCCAGUAGUCAACAUUGAAACAGUUUUAUAGAUGGAGGAUUUUAAGGGUUAAAUAAUUGUUGUGUUUUUAUUGAGAAUAAUUGUUUUAUACGCUUUUUUACAAAUGAGUAAUUGUAUUUUAAGAUAAAUUAAAGUGACAUACGACUUCAAACAA